GUGUGUGUGUGUGUUUAAGUGUGAACAGUGCACUGCAAUAUAAAAUGUAGACCUUACCAUGUGUUGUACUAAAAAAUGUUUGAAGGCCAGUUUUCUAACUUGUCAAAUGACAUGUCAACAGUGCUGAGAGCAUGAAGUAUUUAAAAUAUUAUCAAGGAAAACCAAUCUAUGUAAAAUAUGUUGCUUGGCUUUUGUAAACAAAAUCUAUUGUAAAACUCUUCCCACUCUCUUCUCAGAUCUUACCUCCCUCAGUUUUACCAGCAAGUUGGACAGAAGGUAGGAAUCAGACAUGAGAAACCAUACGUCAAUAACCAGAUUCAUCCUCUUGGGACUGACAGAUGACCCACAAAUGCAGAUUCUGAUUUUUUUAUUUCUACUUAUCACAUACACGCUGAGUAUAACUGGAAAUCUGGCCAUCAUCAUCCUCACAUUAGUGGAUUCUCACCUUAAAACUGCAAUGUACUUUUUUCUCCAAAAUUUUUCCUUCUUAGAAAUCUCAUUCACUUCUGCCUGCAUUCCUAGAUUCUUGUACAGCAUAUCAACAGGUGACAGGACUAUCACCUAUAAUGCUUGUGAAUGCCAAUUAUUUUUUACAGAUCUUUUUGGAGUAACAGAGUUUUUCCUCCUGGCCACCAUGUCUUAUGAUCGCUAUGUGGCCAUCUGCAAACCCCUGCAUUACGUGACCAUCAUGAACCACAGGGUCUGCAGAAGGCUCAUGUUCUGCUGUUGGAUGACCGCAUUGUUAAUCAUAUUCCCACCAUUUAGCUUGGGACUGGGCCUGGAAUUCUGUGACUCUAACACCAUUGACCACUUUUUGUGUGAUGCUAAUCCUAUAGUGAAGAUUUCCUGCUCAGAUACCUGGUUCCUAGAGCAGAUGGUUAUUGCCUGUUCUGUGUUGAUCUUCAUCAUGACUCUAAUAUGUGUGGUUUUGUCCUAUGUGUGUAUUAUUAGAACAAUUCUGAGAUUCCCCUCUGCCCAGCAAAGGACAAAAGCCUUUUCCACCUGUUCUUCCCACAUUAUUGUGGUUUCUAUCACGUAUGGCAGUUGCAUCUUUGUUUAUACCAAACCUUCAGCAAAAGAUGAGAUGGCUGUUAAUAAGAGAGUAUCAAUACUCACUACUUCUAUUUCCCCCAUGUUAAACCCAUUUAUUUAUACUCUGAGGAACAAACAAGUGAAACAAGCCUUAAAUGACUUAGUCAAAAGAAUAAUAUUUCUUUCAAAGAACUAGGGGAGUGUUCAAGUCCAGAUCCCCAAGUAGCUUUCUUGUUUCUACCCUAUUGGGUUUCUUCCUGAUGUAGAUUUGGCCUACCAUUCAGCAAUGGCCCUGAUCAAGUCACCCUUGCAUUUCCUUAUAGACCAGCCUCUUUGAGAAUAAAUUUUAUUAAGGAAAAUGAGAGUAGUUAUUUCAGGAAAUCUAACCAUGAUCUCACUCUCAACCUUUAUUUACUAAUGCUGAAAGAAUUGGAAAACUUAUCAUAAAAUAUUGGUGCAAUAGUGCACAUUACUAUUCAAAACAAAACUACUCAAAUAAGUAGAGAAAUAAUGUUAAAGAGAAUGAAUACCAUUUGUAAGUGUAAUAAGGAAAACAUUUAAAAAUCCCAAAGUAUAUUUUAAAACAAAGAAUAAGUAGAAAAAUUUAGGAUUUCAAAAAAAGCAUUUACUAACAAAGAAUCUUUAAAAUCACAGGAUCAUAUAUUUUAUUGAAUGGAUCCAAUCCAGUAUAAAAGUUAUUUGAAAAUUGCCAAAGGGACAUGAAUUAAGUUAAAAUGAAAAGACUAAUGCACUGAUAAUUCCUGGUAAAGACAUGAAACUUGCAUUAAAAUUUUAUAAAAUAGAUCCCUACUGAUGUAUCAAUUACAAUGUUAAAACUCGAAUGCAGAUAGCAAGAAUGCAGUAAAUUUAUGUAUAAUCAAGUAUUAUUUCCAACUAGUACAGAGCAUCUGUUGUUUUGCUUUUCCUUUUGUUCCACUUCUUGGUUCCAAAGGUACAAAUGAUUUACUAUGUAUUUGUAAUGUUUUCCAAUAUUAAACAACUCAUAUUAUUCUUAAAAAACUUGAAUGUAGAAAAUUCAUUUAUUUGUUCUA